AUGGCUGAACUUAAGAAGAUGUCUAGCCCUUCCCGCCAGGGAGAUGGACUUGAAACCACCAUUGACGGCCAUUUUGCUUAUUUUUGCAAGAAUGAUCUACUGUUGGAUGAUGACAUUUUCUUGGCACAAGCAACCAAGCUAUUUGAUGAAAGCAAGAGUAUUCUGUUGGCCAAUAUAUCUGCUCUUGGAACUGGAAAUCCGGAUGAAGCAGAAAAAUAUUGGUUUGCAUUUAUUCUUUACUUAGUCAGAAGGCUUAAUCUGAAUGGUGGCCUCACAAAGAAAGGACUUACACUAUGUCAAAUUUUGAGAGCAGCUAAACUCAACAUUGCUGAAUUUUAUAAAGAGCUUAAUCAGUUUCUGGUCAAGGUUGGAUCGGUUUUAGGCAACCUUUAUGGUGAGGAUUGGGAGAAGAAACUGGAGGCAAAGGAAUCACAAACCAACUUUAUGCACUUGACCCUGUUGAGCCAGAAAUAUGAGCGUGCGUAUCGAGAUCUGUUCAUCAUAGUCGAUGCGAAUAAUGACAAGCCUUUAAAUAAUGCUAGUGCCGCUGGCAUCCGGUCAGAUUAUUACCGUUUGGGAUGGCUGCUGUUUCUAGCUCUUCGUGUACACGUGUUUCGCUUCUGCAAGGACUUGGUAACAUGCACUCAUGGUCUAGUCUCCAUAUUGGCGAUACUCCUAAUUCAUGUUCCUGCUCGCUUAAGAAACUUUAAUGUGAAUGAUCCUGAACGCAUUGUUAUGAAAGGUGACAAAGCUGACCUGCUGGCAUCCCUUUGCAAUAUGUACGAGACUUCAGAAGAUGAGUUGAGGAAAACUUUGGGGAAAGCAAACGAUUUGGUAUCUGAAAUAUUGAAGAAGAAACCUUGCCUGGCUUCUGAUUCUAACCAUGAAAACUUGAAAAAUAUCUUGUCAGAUGGCUUGAUCUAUUUUGAAGAUUUGAUGGAUGAAUCAUCAUUAUUGUCCAGUAUAAUUUUGCUUGAGGAAGAUUACACCGCUGCUAUUCAGACAAACGGUGACUUGGAUGAGAGGAUAUUUAUCAAUGAGAAUGACAGCUUGCUUGGUUCAGGGAGCUUAUCCGGAGGUGCUUUAAAGAUAGUUGGAACUGGAGCAAAGAGAAAACUCGACACAAUCACCUCUCCAGCAAAGACAACUGUUACAAGCAGCCCGUUGUCUCCUUAUCGCUCUCCUUUACGUCUCUCAAAUGGCGGCAUUGCAGCCACUCCUGUCAGCACGGCCAUGACUACUGCAAAAUGGCUCCGAACAGUUAUUGCUCCAUUGCCUUGUAAUCCUUCGACCGAGCUGAAAAGAUAUCUGUCGUCAUGCGACCGGGAUGUAACUGCUGAUGUGAUGAGGAGGGCUCAAAUAAUGCUCGAGGCCAUCUUUCCAAGCAGCGGGGCAGGGAAAAAUGCAAGCUUGAUGGACAACAUAUGGGCCGAACAACGUCGAAUGGAGGCAAUGAAGCUUUACUUCAGGGUUCUGCAGGCAAUUUGCACAGCGGAAUCGCAGAUUUUGAACAGAAACAAUUUAACGUCUUUGCUAACAAACGAGAGGUUUCACAGGUGUAUGCUCGCGUGUUCUGCCGAGCUUGUUCUCGCAACUCACAAAACUGUGACGAUGUUGUUUCCAACUGUCUUGGAGAGAACAGGGAUAACUUCUUUUGAUCUCAGUAAGGUGAUUGAAAGCUUCAUUAGGCAUGAGGAGAGUCUUCCAAGGGAACUCAGGAGGCACCUGAAUUCUCUAGAAGAACGACUUUUGGAGAGCAUGGUUUGGGAAAAAGGAUCUUCCAUGUACAACUCCUUGACGGUAGCUAGACCAGCCCUUUCUGCCGAGAUAAGUCGAAAUGGCUUGUUAGCUGACCCUAUGCCAUCUUUGGAUGCAAUUGCUUUGCAUGUUGAAUUGUCAUGUGGGGUCUUACCUCCCACGCAAUCCUUGCUGAAACAAGAACUACAUGGUCAGAAUGGAGAUAUCCGCUCCCCAAAAAGAGUUUGCAAUGAGCUUCGGAGUGUAUUGGUGGAGCGGAACUCUUUCACUUCACCAGUGAAGGAUCGCCGUCUGUCCAUGAAUAAUCUGAAACCUAAGUUUCCAGCACCUGUUUUGCAGUCUGCAUUUGCCAGUCCCACGAGGCCAAACCCAAGUGGUGGAGGGGAAACAUGUGCAGAAACAGCUGUCAAUGUCUUUUUCAGUAAGAUUUUGAAGUUAGCUGCUGUAAGAAUUAACGGAAUGAUUGAACGACUUCAGCUUUCACAGCAUAUCAGAGAGACUGUCUACUGUCUCUUCCAAAAGGUCCUUGGCCAGCGCACAACUCUAUUCUUCAACCGACACAUCGACCAAAUUAUCCUCUGCUGCUUUUAUGGAGUUGCUAAGAUUUCCCAACUGAGCCUGACAUUCAAAGAAAUAAUUUUCAAUUAUAGAAAACAACCUCACUGCAAGCCACAAGUUUUUCGCAGCAUCUAUAUUGAUUGGACAGCUUCUCGUCGGAAUGGGAAAUCUGGUCCAGAUCACGUUGAUAUCAUCACAUUUUACAAUGAAGUAUUUGUUCCUGCCGUAAAACCUCUUCUUGUUGAGCUCGGACCUGGUGGAUCGGUACACCGUAAUUCUCAUGCCCCAGAGGCGAGCGGUAACAUUGAUGGCGCAUGUCCAGCAUCACCUAGAACAUCCUUAUUUCCGAGUCUCCCAGACAUGUCCCCAAAGAAAGUGUCUGCUGCACAUAAUGUUUACGUCUCUCCUUUGCGAUCAUCUAAGAUGGAUGCAUUAAUUUCACAUAGCUCCAAAAGCUUCUACGCAUGUGUGGGAGAAAGUACGCAUGCAUAUCAGAGCCCUUCAAAAGAUUUGACCGCAAUCAAUAACCGUUUGAACGGAAAUCGGAAGCUGAGAGGAAGCCUCAAUUUCGAUGAUGUUGAUGUUGGCCUAGUCACGGACUCUAUGGUUGCUAAUAGUCUUUACAUCCAGAAUGGAAGCUCAUCGUCACAUAUGCUCCCUGUAAAAUCCGAGCAACCGGACUCGUGA